GGAUUCCUACUACUCUACUACGGGAGGUAUAUAAAAUCCCCGCGCCAGUACUGUACGACGCGGUCUCUCCUCCGCCCAUCUCUGCUCCGGUCAACCAAGUUCCUCCUCCGCUUCCCAAGCCGCCCUCGUCUCCGCCCCCCUCCCCCUCGCAGUGAUGGCUGAUGAGGAUGAGUACCGAUGCUUCGUUGGGAACCUGUCCUGGUCCACAACUGAUGAAAGCCUCAAAGAUGCAUUCUCAAAAUACGGCAAAGUUACCGAGGCAAAGGUGGUUAUGGACAAGUUUUCUGGACGUUCACGUGGAUUUGCCUUUGUGACCUUUGAUGAGAAGAAAGCCAUGGAAGAAGCUAUCGAGGACAUGAAUGGAUUGGACUUGGAAGGGAGGGCCAUCACUGUUGAUAAAGCUCAGCCUCAAGGGGUUGGUAGAGAUCGUAACGGUGACCGUGAUUUUGAUCGUGACCGUGGGUCUCGUGGUGGCCGUGACUAUGGCGGUGGUCGUGCGCCGCGUGGUGGUGGUGGUGGUGGGGACUGCUUCAAGUGCGGCAAACCUGGACACUUUGCUAGAGAGUGCCCGGAUGGUGACGGCGGGAGAGGUGACCGAUAUGGUGGCAGAGAUGAUAGGUAUGGUGGUGGUAGAUCUGACCGUGGUGGCGACCGUUCUGACCGUGGCGGCGAUCGUUCUGACCGUGACCGUUCUGACCGUGGCGGCGACCGUUCUGACCGUGACGGUGAUCGAUCUGAGCGUGGCAGUGACCGAUAUUCUAGCCGUAGCCGAGAUGGUGGGAGCGGGGGUGACCGCUACAGUCGUGACCGAUCAGGUCCGUACUGAUAGCCAAGAUCUUGAGAAGUGUGUUUCAUCCAGGUAUGAAAACCCUAUCUACUAUCAUGAGGUGUGUUUCCUUGUAUUUGAAACUCUGUGAUCAUGUAUUUGAACUAUGAUGUUGUACCGUGAGUAAGCAGAUCCUUUAUUACAGACCAUAUUACUGACCUGCUUACCAUUUCUUCCUGCUUAAUGUGAGUCGCAUGGACUUAGCCAUAAUGUUUGGCUCUGGGCCCUGCAUGUUUGCUUGA